GGAAAGUCACCCGACUCGACUCGCCGUGUCACAGUCAACUCGGAGUCGGAGCUGACAACUCAAAGGGAACUCAAUAGAUCAGAAUCCAUUCAUUAUCAUCAAAUCUUAGAAUCUUUACUGUCUUCAGCACCGUACAUGGAAGCAUCAGCAGGUAGAGAGUGGGACCAAAUUUCAUCAGAAGAUGAAUACCAGCCGGUAUUUUCACGUCCGUUAUCACACUUCGAUAGAGACCGACACUUGGCGUACCUGGAGAUGAUGUACCAGAUGUUGCCGCAUUAUUACCAGAAACAGGAGAUCAAUCGCAUUACUCUAGCUCAUUUCGCCAUCUCCGGUCUCCAACUUCUCGGCGCCUUAGAUCGCGUUGACAAGGAAGCAGUUUCAAAUUGGGUUUUAUCAUUGCAAGCUCACCCAAGAAAUGAAGCUGACCUGAACAGCGGAGAAUUAUAUGGAUUCCAUGGUUCUCGAAGCUCACAGUUUCCUCCGGAUGAUAAUGGGGUUUUGACUCACAAUGGUAGUCACUUGGCGAGCACAUUCUGUGCCCUAGCCAUUCUAAAGGCUGUUGGCUAUAGUUUUGCAAAUAUUGAUCGUGUUUCAAUAUUGACAUCAAUGAAAAAUCUUCAACAGCCUGAUGGGAGUUUCAUGCCUAUCCAUUGUGGGGCAGAGAUGGACCUUCGGUUCGUAUACUGUGCUGCUGCAAUCUGUCAUAUGUUGGAGGAUUGGAGUGGCAUGGAGCGGGAGAAAGCUAAGGAUUACAUAUUAAACUGCCAGUCAUAUGAUGGUGGGUUUGGCUUGAUUCCUGGUUCAGAAUCACAUGGCGGUGGUACCUACUGUGCAGUUGCAUCUCUCCGAUUAAUGGGGUUCAUAGAAGAUGAUGUUCUUUCUAAUUCUGUAUCUUCUUCCGUUAUCAACUUGCCAUUGUUGCUGAAUUGGUGUUUGCAGAGGCAAGAGGAUGAUGGUGGAUUUCAAGGUAGAGCCAACAAGCCUAGUGACACAUGUUAUGCAUUUUGGAUUGGGGCAGUUUUGAGGAUCUUGGGCGGCUAUAAGUUCAUUGACACGGAAGCUUUACGUGGAUUUUUGCUAACUUGUCAGUCUCAGUAUGGUGGUUUCAGUAAAUACCCAGGGGAGCUGCCUGAUCUAUACCACUCAUACUAUGGAUAUACUGCAUUUAGUCUUCUGGAAGAACCUGGGCUAAACCCACUUUGUCCCGAACUGGGAAUGACAGAUUUUUCGACUUUGGGAAUAUGACUUGAUCAUAAUUCUUAGUGAAAUAUAUUAUUUGCCCCCUCUCACACCUCAUUUUUCAGGAUGAUUGUACCUGUGCUCACUUCUUUUUUCUUUCAAUGUUGUUUGUAUAUUGUGAUUAAAAGGAUGUAUCUAAUGAUAAGCUAAACUUAAAACUUACCAUACCAAUUUUUUGACCAUGUAAUCUCUGAGCACGAUAUAGAAUUUUUUCUGAUAAUGUUGGAGAAAUUUU